GACAAUAUUGUGCCCUGAUAUAUUGAGCGAGGGCACGGGUAACAGCACGCAAUUCUUCAUGUGUCCUACCACCAUUUUUCAUUUGCCUGAUUGAUUGGCGUUCAAAUCAAGCAGUCAAUGCCCGAAAAAACCAUUCACUAACCGAUGACCAAACCCAUCGGCAUGCAAAAGGAUCUACCAUUCCCUUAUCUUCCCAGGGGGUCAUGACAGACGACUUGGACGACAAUCAAACCCUUAAUUAGUUUUUGCUAAACCUGCAGCUCUUGUCCUUCAUGUGCCCACUUUAAAUAUUUCUCAUCAUGUGCCACAUGCGCUGUUUCCUGCCUUCUCAUCCUUCUCUUUCAGGCAGCCUUGCAAUGCAGGGCGCCAAUGCCUGCAAAUCCUUGCAGCUCAAUUUCAAGUAAAUGUUGGCACUUAACUCAGCCAGAGCUUCAGAUCGAUGUAGAAAACAGAGGGCACUGGUGUUGCAUGCAGUGGCAGUACUGUGGGUUGUGAGGGAGAGAUAAAGCAGAGAGGGCGAGGAAGUAGAAGCCAGCUCACGGAGCAGGACAUGGACCUCCCACCAAACUCUUGUUAUUACUUACUACUGUGGGCUUGCUAUAAUUAUAAACCUACCUCACUGACACACACAAACACACACAGACACUCGACGUCCUACUGCUUUUCUUGCCGUCGUCUUUCCUUUUGAUAUUCGAGUCUAGAUCGCCACAUGGGCUACGGCCGAGUCGCCUCGUCCGAGUCGCUCCCCUCCCUGUCCGAUCUGCAACUGCAAGCGAGUCGCGACGCGUCCAGAGCGCGCCGCCGGGUGUUCCUCUGCCUUGGCCUUGUCGCCGUGCUUUUGCUCGUGACUUCCGGUUUCUCGGUGGCGAUAUUCGUGCGCCGCCGGGAGCCGGAUGAGGGGACGACUCCUCCGGCGCGCCGGCGGACGCCGAGCCAGACCUUAUCGCGCGCCUGCGGAUUGACUCGGUACCCGGCCCUCUGCCUGCGCUCGCUGCUCGACUUCCCGGGGGGCCUCGGCGCGGCCCGGGAGCGCGACCUCGUCCACGUGUCGCUCAACAUGACGCUCCACCGCGUCAGUGCGGCCAUCUACGGCGCAUCCGCCAUUGCCGGCGCGGCCAUGGACGGGCUCUCCCGCUCCGCGUACGAGGACUGCAUGGAGCUGCUCGACCACUCGCAGGAGCAGCUCUCCAACUCGCUCCUAGCGGUGGCCCCCGUCGGGGUUUCGCCUCAGUCGCGGGCCCGGGUGAAGGGGUUCUCCGACGAGGACGUGGUCACCUGGCUCAGCGCCGCGCUCACCAACCAGGACACCUGCGACGAGGGGCUGCAACAGGUGACCGACCUCCGCGUGAAGCGGCACAUGAAGAGCCAGACGAAGGACCUCACCGAGCUCGUCAGCAAUUGCCUCGCCAUCUUCUCCAGCUUCGGCCGCAAUAAAGACUUCGCCGGCAUUCCGAUCCACGACAAGAGGAGACGGAAGCUAUUGGAGUUCCCUUCGUGGGUGCGGAAGAAGGACAGAAGGCUGCUCCAGGCGCCGGCGUCGAGCAUCCAAGCCGACAUGGUCGUGUCCAAGGACGGAAACGGCAGUUACACCUCCAUUGCCGAUGCGGUGAAGGCGGCACCAGAAUACAGCACUCGCCGCAUCAUCAUCUACAUCAAGGCAGGGCAGUACGACGAGAACAUCAAAGUUGGACGAAAGAAGACGAAUCUCAUGUUCAUCGGCGACGGCAAAAGCAAGACCAUCAUCGCCGGGUCGCGGAGUGUGACCGACAACUUCACCACCUUCCACACUGCAACUUUCGCGGCGACAGGGACGGGAUUCAUAAUGAGGGACAUAACGGUGCAGAAUUGGGCGGGGCCGGAGAAGCACCAGGCGGUGGCACUGCGGGUAGGGGCGGACCACGCUGUGGUUUACAGAUGCAACGUGAUCGGGUACCAGGACACUCUAUACGUGCACUCUCAGCGGCAGUUCUUCCGGGAGUGCGACGUCUACGGCACCGUCGACUUCAUCUUCGGCAACGCGGCGGUGGUACUUCAGAACUGCAGCCUGUGGGCGCGGCGCCCGAUGCCGAUGCAGAAGAACACCAUCACGGCGCAGAACCGGAAGGACCCCAACCAGAACACCGGCAUUUCCAUCCACGCCUGCAGAGUGGUGGCGGCAACAGACUUAGAGCCGGUCAAGGCCAACUAUUCCACCUACCUCGGUCGGCCGUGGAAGCUCUACUCCAGGACGGUUUUCAUGAUGUCCUACAUGGAGGACCACAUCCACCCGGUGGGGUGGCUGGAAUGGAACGCCACCUUCGCCCUCGAUACCUUAUACUACGGCGAGUACAUGAACUACGGCCCAGGGGCGGCCGUCGGUAAGAGAGUGCAGUGGCCAGGAUACCGGGUGAUCACGCUGCCGGCGGAGGCCAGCAAGUUCACGGUGGCGCAGUUCAUCUUCGGUUCCUCAUGGUUGCCCUCCACAGGCGUCGCCUUCUUGGCCGGCUUGUCCGUGUGAAAAAUCAAAAUCAGUACCUUCCUCUACAAAUUUAUUUUCUCCUAGAUUUCAUUCCCUUUGUUUUAUAAUAUGUGAUCUCUCUUCCUCUCAUGUCAUAGUUUAAUUUUUUUCCCCCUGAAUUUUUCAGAAACAGAUCGAUGGCAACUCCUUCAAUUAAA